UCAGCGUUCACGGCUUUACUGCACUUUUCAUUAUGGACACUAUAAACGUGUAAUUAACUUUAUUUUCAGUUCAUGGAUUUAUUUUUUCAGGCGUAUUCUGACAGAGUUUGAAUACAGCCGAAAUGUUCACGUUGACCGUUCGUCGUGUUUACAUGGAGCUUGCAAGCAACUGCCGUCUCUACAAUAAACAAUAUCUUACAACCACCUGUAUUCGGGCAAACUGUUUCUCCUGCGCUACGAUUACCUACCAGCAACCAACCUCCUGCGCUAUGAUUGGCUGGUAGCACAAUAUUCUCGCAGGUCAGCCAAUCAUAACCCAAAGAGGGCGGGCUUUACGGAAUACCGGUAGGGGGAAAAAUAUCACACUAGCACACAUCCAGAACUUUCUAGAAAGCAAAGCGCGAGAAGAAGAAAGCGGGCUAAUGGCAAGCGACAAGAGUUUUACUGACAGCUCCAUAGACGCGGACCCAGCGCGAGCUCUUCAGGAGCUGAAUGUGGCUUUAGGUGAGAAGGCUGAUCAUGCAGAAUGGCUGUGUCAACGAGCAUAUGCACACAUCCUGCUCAAAGACUAUAACAGAGCAGUUGAUGAUGCUAAGAAAGCACAGGAGCUUCAGCCUGGUAUGGCACUUGCAUUCCUGAGAACAGGAAUUGCAGAAUAUCAUCUUAACAACAUCAGUGCCGCCCACCAAGCCUUCACAGCUGGAAAAGGACUUGAAGGUGCUAAUGAAGCCUUUCAAAUGUGGAUCAUGAAAUGUGAAGAGAAAAUGGCAACACAAGACCAAAAUGGAACCUCAAAUUUGCAAACUGCAACUCCACAUGUCAAACAUGACUGGUACCAGACAGAAUCUCAAGUCACUAUCACCCUAAUGGUGAAGAAUGUCAAGAAGGAGGAUGUUAGCAUCGCAUUUAAGGAAAAGGAGUUGAACGCAUUGGUAAAACUUCCAUCUGGUGAGGAUUACUGCCUAAAUAUCCACCUUCUACACCCUGUGGUUCCUGAGCAGAGCACAUACAGGAUCCUCUCCACCAAGGUGGAGAUAAAAAUGAAGAAGACGGAAGCCAUCCGGUGGGAAAAGCUGGAAGGCGAAGGCAUCCUUCCCAACUUGAAGCACUUUUCUCCCUCGCCGAACCAAUACCCGUCAUCCUCCCACUACACCCGCAACUGGGACAAGUUGGUGGGUGAUAUUAAGGAGGAAGAGAAGAAUGAAAACCUAGAGGGAGAUGCAGCACUGAAUAAGCUGUUUCAGCAGAUCUACUCUGAUGGCUCAGAUGAGGUCAAGAAGGCCAUGAACAAGUCCUUUAUGGAAUCAGGAGGCACAGUUCUUAGUACCAACUGGACAGACGUGGGUAAACGAAAAGUAGAUGUUAAUCCCCCUGAUGAUAUGGAAUGGAAACAAUAUUGAAGGAACUUGGCAUGUUGCUAUCAUCAGACAUACAGCUCCAUAAUCACCUCACAGCCUUGGCCUUCCCUUUACUUAUGUUCCCAUUAUGUCCUGUUCACAUUUGGCCUGUCCUUCAGACCUAAUUGCAUAAUGACAAGCUGGGACUAAUCGUCGUGGUGGGCACUUGUUUAUCGCUCAUAAUUAUUCGCCAGUGACACUGAAGAUCGGGCCCGGAUGCGAUAUCACUGUGCCUGAGAACCAGAACCACCCCCUGUUAAUUUAAACAUGUAGUACACCUGCAGUUUUCUUUCUUUGCCCUUACAUUACAGUCUGCGAUGUGAAGAACGGCUGUCUAGAUCAUCUCGUCUUUGACGUUAUUCGACCUUCUCGAAUAUCAUUCAUCACUUGCCCAUGCGUCAGGAUGCAUAUUGGCCAUUUUUACAAUGUAUUUCAUGGGUUGUGUUUUCCUUGAAGAUUAUUAAAACACAUUGUAAAUAAAUUUUUCUCUUUGGUCUGAAAAA